AUGUCUACCUUGACGUCAAUGAAACUUAACGAACAGAUCAUUUCCAUGCGGAAACCCGUUGAAAGAGCUCGUGUUCGGUUAUGUCGACGGCUAAUCAGACAAAGGAAAUUGCUUCAAAAAUCGAAAGAUGAAAAGAAAAUUCGUAAAGUGAAUCGAAUCACCGAGGAAAUUGACCGUUGCAAAAAAGUAUGUCGAGACGAUGUUUCGAAAUUUGCAUUAAUUAAUAUUAAACCACUUAGUGAUUUGUUGAAAAAGAAUAAAAUGUCUAUUGAUGAACGAAUUUUGUAUAAAUUGGCAUGCCAAGAAACAGUGAUAAAAAGUGUUGAGGAAUUUCGUACCAAAUAUCCAAAUUGGCAGAAUGAAGUAUCGUUCCUCUUACAACGACUUGGUUUGCAAUAUAAAUCUAAGAGGGAUGCGAAAAAGUAUGUGUUGCUACAAAAUGAAACGAAGGAAACGGUUGAAACCUCCUUGGAAAAAAAAACUGAAAAUGUUCAAGAUGUGAAGAUUCUUGUUGAAAAAGAAAUACGGAAAGAUGUAAAAAAGAAAAAAAAUCUUGAGAAGAAAAAGAAAAAACUGAAAGAUAAGACAAAACCCAAUGAACUUAAAGAAAUACCUAUUCCAGUUGUCCACUUACCUAAGCUGGAACUUCCGAAACCAGUAAUUGCUAAGGGGCAGAGUGUCGGUUGGGGCUCAAGAACUGAUGUAGUGUUGCAAGGAAAUGCAAAACAAAUUAUGAUUAAUGGGAAUGAUGAAGCCGAUAGAAGCAGUCUACUAGUAAAAAUGAAGGAUGUUCAAAAACGAAAGAGAAAUCUCAGAUACGAAGAAAACGAGAAACGAAAGGAUACCAUGAUGCAGAAUAAGUCUAGAGCUGAAUCAUCUUCAGAAGAAGUUUUAUGGAAUACGAUGAAGUUGUCUGGGAAUCAGAACUUGCAUCCAUCGUGGAUCGCUAAAAAACAGGAACAUGAAGCUCUAAAAAAAUUGAAAACAUCAUAUUCCGGUUUUUUCUCGAAAUGUGGUGCGUUUUCGAGUUAUGGUGAAUCCUCGGGUGGUUGUGACUCAGCAAGUUAUAAUAGCUUUUUGAAUUGGGGAUUAUCGCUCUAUUACAAAGUCUUAAAGCAUUUUUUGUGUUUAGCAUACAGUGAAAUUGACAUGAAGCUAGCUGGUAGCAAAGAAUCUUAUGGAAAAUUUUGA